AGAACGCAAAGGCGCGUGCGCUAGUAGGUCCCGGAUAAGUGGGACUAAUCGUUUGCCAGGUGAAAGCUUGCUAAUUUUCACCUUCUAGGCGUGAAGAAUACGCGCGAAACAAUGGACACGCCAACUGGAAAACGCCUCUCAAAUGCGAAAAGCGCCCCACCAUCUCUCCCGCGAGGCGACACGCACCAGCCAUCUCGACGACUUUCGUCACCCAGUCGACGUCAGUCUGCAACAGAUCAACGACGUCUAACCCGGUCACGUGUCUCGUUCGACGACGGACGAAAUCGAGAAGGUCACAGAGAAGGUCACAAGCCGUCGGACGGCGUAGAGAAGCAAACGUCUCAACCGAAUACAUACCAACUGGAGCCACAACGUCAAUUUCCAGUUAACAGGGCAACGGCUAUUAUUAAGGAGAAACUGCACAAGGUUCUAGACGGUGUGGAGUACGAUGCAUCGACGUGCAGCCAUCUGUGCAAGUCGCUCGCAGAUGAUUUGAAAGUAGAGAUAAGGGACUUGAAUCUGCCGAGAUACAAGAUCGUCUCAUCCUGCUGUAUUGGUGAUAUGAGUUGUACGGGUCUUCUUGUUGCGAGCAGAUGCGCGUGGGACAAGGAGAGAGACAACUAUGCCUCGUACACGUAUCAGAGUAAAACGCUCUUUGCAACUGCCACCGUCUAUGCUGUCUAUUUUGCCUAAAAAGAAUUUAUUUU